CUGUAGCUUAGCUUAGCUUUACUUACGUUUGACGUCAAACUAACCGGUGAUUUUCAAAUCCGAGCGCGUAUUUCAGCAUCUCUGAAGUUCUUAUCUAAUGUAACUGUUAAUUCAAAUUAUUUACAUUAUCUAUAGAAAUGGAGGCCAACAAAGAAUCACCUAGUGCCUUUAAAACGCCUUGCAAGCCUGCAAAAGUGAAAAGUCCAGUCAGUGCAUGUGGAACCCCAGUCACCAUUCCUGCCUCUCCCUUCAUGAAGAAGCUCGGCUGUGGGACUGGAGUCAGUGUCUAUCUCAUGAACAGGAUGGGUAAGCACACUCAUUCACCGUGGGCCAUUAAGAAGAUCAGCAGCAAAUGUGCAAAUAGUCAAAUGACCGUUUAUCAGAAGCGUCUGUGCGAGGAGGCAAAGAUCUUAAAAGACCUGCACCACCCCAAUAUUGUUGGUUUCAGAGCUUUUACCACAGCAAAGGACGGCUCGAAGUGUUUGGCGAUGGAGUACGGUGGAGAGCAGUCUCUGAAUGACCUCAUUGAGAAGAGGAGAGAGGAGGGUCUACAGGCAUUUCCAGUGACCACUAUUGAAAAAGUGGCUCUUCAUGUCGCACGUGGUUUACAGUAUUUGCACAAUGAGAAAAAGCUUUUGCAUGGAGACAUGAAGUCAUGCAACGUUGUAAUCAAGGACGACUUUGAAAGCAUCAAAAUCUGUGAUGUUGGUGUGUCACUGCCACUGGAUGAAAACAUGCAGGUGAGUGAUCCAAAGGCCCACUAUAUAGGGACAGAGCCGUGGAAGCCUAAGGAAGCUUUGGAGGAUGGAGUUAUCACAGACAAAGCUGAUAUCUUUGCGUAUGGACUCACUCUGUGGGAGAUGAUGACACUUUCUGUUCCUCACCUGGAGAUACUGGACACUGAGGGGGAUGAUGAUGAUGAUGAUGAUGAUGAUGAUACCUUUGAUGAGGAUGAUUUUGAUGAAGAUGCGUAUUAUGAGAGACUGGGAACUCGGCCUGCUUUGGACGCAGCCACUCUCGGAGGGGCUUAUCAGAGGAUGGUGGAGCUCUUCUGUCUCUGUACAGAGGAAGACCCUCAUAAAAGACCUUCUGCAGCUCACAUUGUUCAGGUGCUGGAAUCAAACACCCAGCUUUGUGACAAAAGCAGUGAGGUCAUUGUAAUUGAUUAAAUGUUCACUGUUAAAUUCCUGUCAAUGUAAAAUAUACUGUAUGUUUGCCUGUUGGGUCUGGUUACUGUUCUGUCUAUACUUUUACUUUGUGAGCUGGUGCAUUUUCACAUUGUAAAUACUUUUCUGUUGGCAUGUUACACAUUUUCUCUUAUGUACUCUAUUGACUUUCAGAGAUUCUAAAUACAGUAAUUGUUGCAGUGCAAUUUCGAUUAAAAGCUCUUUUGCAACCAUGGUCUUUGUGUGUAAAAUCAGCACACAUGCUAAAAUGAAUCUGUCUUGUCUUA